GGAGGAGGAGGAGGAACCUGUUCCGGGCAGGGCGGGCGCAGCAGCAGCAGCAGCAGCGGCGAGCGCCUCCCCCGCCCCAUGCGCAGCAGCCCCCCGCGAGCGGCAGCAGCCAGCAGGAGCCCACCGCGGCGCUGAGGACGGAGGCGCCCCCCGCCCAGGUCUCUGCAGCAACUGGGGCCCUGGUGGCUGACGGCGUCGGAGCCCAGACCGCCCGCUGGCGCCAUGGCGGGCGAAGAUCUCGCCAACACACAGGCCCUCCUGGACCUCAACUUCCAGUCUCUGGCUUCCAAGCACAUGGACCUGAAGCAGAUGGAACUGGACACAGCCGCCGCCAAGGUGGACGAACUCUCCAAGCAGCUGGAGUCUCUCUGGACGGAGAGUCCCAGCCAGUCGGCUCCCCAGCUCAAGAUGGCGGACAGAUACAGCCUGGGCCCCUCGUACUCCCCAGAGCCGCUGGUCAGGAUGAGCCCCGUCUCCACCUCCCCGCUGCUGCCGUUCCCGCGGAAGAGUGCCUCCCUGGAGGCCGCAGACACCUAUUUCCCCCCGUACCCCUCCAGCGAAACCACCUCGGGCUUCUCCCACAGCGCCUCGUUCAGCUCCUCGCCCAGCCAGCUGCUCUCCCCGAAGCUGCCGCUGGGCCGCCCCACCUCGCCGCGGCCUUCCUUCUUCCUCCAGUCGGACCUGGAUCGGGCCCCGUCGGCGCCCAGGCCCAAGGGGCGGCCGGUCCCUUUUGAGUCGCUGCCCAGCCCCACGGCCAGCACGCUCUCCCCUCGCUCCCUCUGGCCCACGGGCCCCUCCGAGCGGCAGUAUGAUUACAAGGCCUAUUCCGGGCAGGGGGGCCGGGCCGGCUCCCCCCGGCUGCCCAUGGAGGGCUCUGGGCCUCCGGCGUUCUUCCCAGACCGACUGCCGUCUCCACGGCCGCCUCUGCCGCCACCCUACGAGAGCCACAGCCUGUACCCCUCGCCACAAAGCACCUUUGCGCCCUUCCGGAGCCAAGAUGACUCCGUGAUCCGGAGGAGGGUGCAGAAGGGGUGGAAUGAAUCCGACCUGGACGUGUCCUAUGAGAAAAUGUCAUCCCACUCUGUUGGUUACGAACGAGGAGAUGCCCAUGUGGCCCCACGCCAGAGUGGGGCAGGGCUGCCACUGGCUCCUUGGAGGGAGUCGAGUCUAGAUGGGGGCCUCGGGCCGAGCAAGGAGGAGCCCUACCUGAUGCACAGCGCCACUCUGCCCAGGAACUACAAGGUCUCCCCACUGGCCAGCGAGAGGCGCCAGGAGAGCUCCUUCCGCCGGCCCCUCCCUGCCCCCCAGGCAGGCACCCUGCCCCGCAACUGGCAGCUGGCCCAGCAGCCCGUCUCCCGCAUCGCCAUGCCGCCCCCCUCCAGCCCGCAGAGCAGCCUCCCCAAGCGGCACAAGCCCCUGCCUCUCUCCAUGAUCUUCCGCUUGCAGAACGCCUUCUGGGAAUAUGGCGCGUCGGGCACCAAGUUCCCCCUCUCCCAGGGGGGGCCCCCAGGCUCUCCGCUGUUCCUCCGCUCCUUCCAAAAGCCGGUUCUGCAGCAGCCCCUUGUACAGCCCCAGCACCACCUGAGGGUGGCCCCACCUGGCAGCGAAGGCAACGGCAUCUCCAAGGCGGCUUCCGGAGGGCCCAGCGAACACGUCCGCGUGGUCCCGAUCGUCUUGACGUCGGGGGAGCCGGAGCCGGAGCUGGAGAGCCUCCUGCCGGGCAGCGAGCCGGCGGAGGGGGAUGAGGUGGCCCGGCCCCUCAGCCCCACCCGGCUGCAGCCGGUCCUCCCGCCGGAAGCCCAGAGCGUGCCAGAGUUUGAGGAGGUGGCCCGCGUCCUGGCGGAGAUGCCCCGGCCCCUGAAGCGGCGCGGCUCGAUGGAGCAGAGUCCCGGCCCGGCCCUGCCCCCCACCCACAAGAAGCAGUACCAGCAGAUCAUCAGCCGCCUCUUCCACCACCACCCGCGCAAGGAGGAGGCCACGCCGGUGGGGGAAGCCCAGCCCAGCCUGGGGGCCAUCAACGAGGCCUCCGAGAAGGCGCCGGCCACCGUUGGGUCUCCCUUGGCCCCGGCUGCCCAGAGCCCCGUGAUCUCUCCGCCGGCAGCACCGCUGCCCCUGCCCCUUCCGCCCCCUCCAGAGAGUCCUGCAGCCGGCCUCGCUCCUCUGCCCAGCCCUGAGAAGCGUUCAGUGCUGCGCAAGAUCUCCUCCCCACGGAAGCGGCUGAAGCAACGGGCUCGCCUCAACCCCCUGGUCCUGCUUCUGGAUGCCGCACUGACUGGCGAGUUGGAUGUGGUGAAGGAGGCCAUGAAGGAGCUGAACGACGCCAGCCAACCCAAUGAUGAGGGGAUCACCGCCCUCCACAACGCCAUCUGUGGGGCCAAUUACAACAUUGUGGACUUCCUCAUCAACAUCGGGGCCAAUGUCAACUCCCCGGAUAGCCACGGCUGGACUCCUCUCCACUGUGCGGCCUCCUGCAAUGACACGGCCAUUUGCGUGGCCCUGGUCAAGCAUGGGGCGGCCAUCCUUGCCACCACCUUCAGCGACGGCAGCUUGGCCAUUGAGAAGUGCGACCCCUACCGCGAAGGCUACAACGAGUGCUUCAGUUACCUUGCAGAUGUGGAGCAGAACAUGGGCCUGAUGAACAACGGGGUGGUCUACGCUCUCUGGGACUACAGCGCCGAGUUCAACGACGAACUGUCGUUCCGUGAGGGGGAGCCGGUCACGGUGCUGCGCCGGGAUGGCCAGGAGGAGUUGGACUGGUGGUGGGCGUCUCUCUAUGGCCAGGAGGGCUACGUGCCCAAGAACUACUUUGGGCUCUUCCCCAGGGUGAGGCCCCAGCAGAGAAAGGCAUAGGUUUUGGGGACUGGAGCUCCACCGCUGCCAUCCCAGAAGGAACGUGCCCAGGCAGGAAGCUGGAGGAUGUGGUGGCUCCUGGCUGCUGCCUGCCUGCCGGCUCGCCCCAGGGAGUGGGGGAAUUCUUUGUGAGCCCUGCACCCCGCAUGCUGUGUCCUGAUGGUGAAAGGGGAGACAGCCUCUCCCUGGGGGCAGGGAGUGUUUCCUUGGAUUCAGCCAGCCAGAGAGCUCCUGCCAGCCCUGCUGGGAGCAGAAGAGCACAAACAAGGGUGGUGCGGAGGGAGCAGAAUCCCACCCAGCUCCAAAGCUGCCUCCAGCCAUCCCCUGCCCUCUCUGCCACUUCCACGAGAGCCCACCCGACGCUCUGAGGGCAAGUAGAUGAUGGUUCUUCUGGCAGAAAAGUGUCUCCUGCUCCUGGCUGCUAAAUGACUGUCCCAUGAGCUGUGCAGGGCGUCUGGGGCGCAAUCCUUCCCAUCAGCCCCACAGGUUCUGGAUCCAUCAUGCCUCUGGGCUCUCCUCUUAACUCUGGGAACUGUCUUGUCCCCUCUAUUCUGCCUGGGCUGUGGUGGUGGUGGGGGUCUCCUUUUGCCCCCCCCCUCCAUCCCUCCUUCCACUGCUCAGACAUCACCACGGAGGGGAUGCCUGCCCAAGCCGGUCAUGGCUCUGUGGAACUUGACACGACCACUUGGAUGAUGGGCAUGGUGACCGAAUCUGGAGAAGUUGUUCUGGGGCUCAUGUGCAGAGAGCCAGGCGGGGUGGGGGCGGUUUCCCCCUUGCCGCUCCUUCUGCUGUCAGCAGGGGCUGUGUCUGUUGCAUUUUUCGUGAAUCCAAGAGAGUUAGGGUUGUAUAGUUUGAUGUAGCUAUGAAGCCAAUGUGCCUAGAUAUCUCGCAUGGUCCUGGUGACUGUUCCCGGUGAGGCUCUCCAGACCUCAAGCAGUAGGAGCUGAUGUGCCAUCUGAAGGGAUACUCCAGACAGCUUCCGCCAGGUGAGGGAGGGAGAGGCGCCUGCACGAGGCCCUUCUGCACACAGAUCUCCAAGACUUGCUGGGAAACCGUGGCACUAACCAUUCUACGUGGGACUGACUGCUGGACAAAAGGGCUCGUUGUGUGAAGGGGUUAACUGCCAGGUGGGGGCAGGGGCUCCCCCUCCUCCUCCUCUUCCUCCAAGUGUGGGGAGGUGUUGUGGGGAGAAGAGGGGGCAGCAGGAUUGCCAGAGAGGAGUCUUGAGUCCCUUUCCAUCUUUUGAUCCCAAUAAAGCCGUAUGCCAGGAAGACAUUCAACUGGUGCAGCUCUUUCCAGCAGGAAGGUGUGGGGUGGGCAGGAGAGCUGGGCCAAGGAGCCCUGGGAGCCAGGGGGAUGCUGAGGGGCGGUGGGAGCAGCCCUCCAAGGUGUUGCAGAUCCUGCAGCGAGGUGCAAACGUUGCCUUACCCUCUGCCUCUGUGGGGGCCAGCUUCUUUUCCAAAGCGUGUCUUGCAAGAGAGGCAGGAGGUGGGAAGGGAGCCAGGAGGGGGUGUUCCUUGCAAAGCCUGCAAGGCAGUGGGGGGUGGGAGCACCCCUAGCUGAGGGGCAGGCGUGGCAUCUUAAUGCCUCCGGAGUGAAGCACCAGGCCAUUUGCGGGGGGGAGGGUUGCUACCGGCCCCUCCAGGGGCUUUUAUUUAGGACAACCAGUCAGUGAAAGGCCCCCCAAGCCCCACAGGGAAGGUGAUGUGGCUUCUUCCACGGUGAGGCACAACUUCCUGCCCUCCCAGCAAGAGGCUCCCGGUUGAGUCAGACCAGGACCCUGGCUUGGCUGAGGCUUGAUGCACACACUCCUGGCCACUGGCGGCUGGCAUGGAGAGUGUGCACCAAGCAUAUAUCGCGAACGACAGUUUCGUAGAGUGAUUUGCCCCCAGUUGGUCGUCUUGCACAGGGGGAGAGUGGCCUGAAUCGGUGCAGCCGGCCAAGGUAGGAAAAGCCCCCUCACUUUCAGGUUGGCUAGACCAUUUCCAGUGCUUCUGAAAUCAAUGUGGGUCGUCUUGUUGAGUAGAGGAGCAUCCUGUGGGUGGCAGAAACAGAGCUUCCCUGGAGCGUCUGAGCCGGACCUCUUGGGCACGCAGUGAUGGAACAGCAUACAGAAGUGGUGUGCUUCCAUGUCCUUCAACGACGUCUCGCAGUGGUCCCGUUCACAAGUGCAAACUACUCUGCCAUGAGCCACGUGUCACUUGGGUGUUGCCCCUGAGAGGCUUGCAAUAGAGUGUGCAGCUGGGUCCAGCGUGGAGGGCACUUCUUCAGUCCUCCAGGGCAGAAAGAAUUGGCUAGCGUGUCCUUUUCAAAGACAUUCUCCAUCCUUCCUGUGCUUGUGGUGGUGAGAGAGCAGCUGGUCCCAAUAAACCUUCCAGGAUUCACUGGGCUGGUCAGAAGAUAAAAUGGUGCAGGGAAACUCAUGCAGUUUGAACUGAGCUCUCUGCAGGGAGGCCAGGAUAGAUCAAAGCAAAUAAUAGUAGGAUAACUGCCCUAGAGGGAAGCAAAAGCAAAGAAGGUGGGAUAGUGUGGGAGAUCUGUUUACUGUCAAGUUGAACGUGGCAGUGAGCUCCUGCUGCUUGAAAAGGCUGGAGUGAGGGCCUUCUUUUUGGAUCUCAUCCUAGUAAUGGUGGAGGAAGGUCAUACGUGAUAGAGAAGCAAAUUGUGGGAUGGCAGAUGUGCAGCAGAUCCUCCCACAAACAUUCCUUCACCAAAUCAACCCCCUGACAUUUGCCACGCAGGGUGAGGAGAGACAGAAAAAACCACCAGUGCAUCCUAUGUAUAUUUUAUCCCAGCUUAGGAUCUGCUCCCGCCAUUCAUCUGGCAAGGGAUUCAACUCCACCAGGCACUGGAUCUCCUUUCUGCAAGGGAGGUCUGCCGAUUCUUUCCUCUUCUUCAUCGCUGGUUCCAUGUCUAUGGACUCUCUGCGAUCAAGGGUCUAAAAAAGUGACAUUCAAUGGAGGCCCCCUUCUCUGUGCCUGCUCUUACCACUAUUAACUCCAACACUUUCAUGGUUGCAUUUCUAAUCACUGUUUUUGUACAUUGGAAGUGGGGACCCAACGUCAAUUUUCUUCCUCUGCUUUUGGAGAAUACUGGAGUCCAGAUUACCUCCGCUCCACCACCCAAACUCAGAUCCUCCAACCGCUCUUGAGAGGCAGGCAGCACAGGGAUGGGUUUUGAGCUUGAAAGUUCUGCGUUCAAAUUAGGCCCAGCCAAGGACUCGUUGCUAGGUGGCUUCAGGCAAGUUGCCUAGCUUCUCUUCCAUCCCGCUCACCAAGUGGCACACCUGGUCUUUUUCUCCCUUCUAAGACUGCUCUAAAGAUUGUGGGAAUAUACAUGAAGUGAAAAUAUGAUUACUGCUACUACAACAAAUAUUUAUGUACCACUUGCCAACAGAAGUUCCCAAAGCAGUUGAGAGGGAGAGAGGGAGAGGGAGUAAGUAAGAUGGAUCCUUGUCCCCAAGGGCUCAUAGGCCAAAAAGAAACUUAAGACAGGCACCAGCAAUGACCACUGGAGGGAUGCUGUGCUGGGGUUGGACACGGCCAGUUGGUGCUGGCUGGUGUCUGUCACUGGCCCUAAUUAUUACUGCUCUUCCCUUUCAGUAAUCUAUACUGUAGGUGGUGAAUACUGUAUACUGUAGGAGCUAAACCUAGGGGCAAAGAAGAGAGCGUCUUCUGCGUCAUGAAUCCCACCACCCACUAAGAUAAUCAGGAGAGGUCCGUCCACAUUUGUCCUCUGGUGGCUACUCAGGGACGGGCCUUAUUUGCUGCUGCCCCGUGGCUUUGGAAUGUGCUCUCUAGUGAAAUAAGAGCCUCCCCAUCUCUGACAGCUUUUAAAAAGUCUUUAAAGACACAUCUGUUCACCCAGGCUUUUAAUUAAUAUUGUUUUAAUGGUUUUAAUGCUGUUUUUAAAUAUUGUUUUAAAAAUUCUAAAUUGUAAACACAAAUUGUUGUGUUCUAAACUUUUUGUUUUUGUUGUAACUAAUGUUUUACUUUCUGUUUUUAUUUUGUUGUAAACUGCCUAGAGACAUAAGUUUUGGGCAAUAUAAAAAUAAGUUAAAUAAAUAAAUUUUAUUUGCA